ACAGACAGCUACAGUUCACACGUUUCUCGAUAUACUGCAACCUGCUCUGUUUAUUUUCAUGCUUCAAAACUGUAGUAAGGAAGACAUUUUUACACUGGACAUUGUGGAACUGUAAACUACAGUAGGCCUAUAUUGAGAAGGAGCAAGCUUUAUAGUCUUCAACUUGAACUUUAUACAACAUUUCAUGGAGAACUGAAAUGAAAAAUGGAUUUUACUACAUUGAUUAUAUACUGAUCAUAAUAUUUUGAGGGAGAUUUCUUCUUAUUUUGCUACAUUUGUGGUAUACAAAUUCAGAUGAUAAACUGGAAGGUACUAUCUAGAAGGGAACUUUUUAUUCCUGAAACUCUUGAGAGGUCCUGUAACAUUCCAUGAGAGCUGAAAUGGAACUGUGGUGAUUACCCACAUUCAGUUUGGAGAUUCACAACUCUUGAGAAGUUCUUUUAUUUCAGAUUACACAGCAUGGCCAUGCUGACAAAAAUCAAAUGAGCAAUGAAAGGUCACUAUUCCGAACAGUUUGCUCAAUGUCUGCAAGAGUUCCUGCAACAUUUCUGGAGAACUAAAAUUCUUUGAUUGCUCCAUGGUCAAGAAUGGAGGGCAUGGAUAAUGGGAACUGUGCCCUCACAAAUGGAAAAGAGGGACAGGUACAAGAAGAUGGAGAGGGAGAGGAGCAGGAGAAAGAAGACCAGGUGCAGGACCAAGAAGAUUUGGAAGGCAAGGAACAUGGGCAGAAGCAAGUGGAAAACGUGCAGGAGCAAGAAGGUGAUAAGGAUAAGGAGCAGGCACAUGACCAAAAUGAAUUUGUGUUAGAGCAGGAAGAUGAUGAACAGGAGCCAGAGCAAAGGCAGCAGAUCCAGGAGGAAAAUGGAAAUGGGAAAGAAGAAAAGCAGGAGCAUGAGGACCAGGUUUUGGAGCAAGGAGAUGAUGAGCAACAGGAGCAAAAGGACCAAGUGCUGGAUCAAGAAGACAGCGAAGAAGAGGAGCAGAAGGAGAAGAGAAAAGAGCAGGUGCAGGAGCAAGAAGAUAGGACAGAUGGGGAGCAGGAGCAGGAGAAAGAAGAUAAGCAUGGGAUUGAACAGGUGGAUGGGGAAGAAGAGGAGCAGAAGGUGCAUUUGGGUGGUAACGAGGAGCAGGUAGAUGGGGAAGGGGAGGGUCAUGUGCAAAAGCAAGGAGAUGAGACCAAAGAGAAGCAGACGCAGGAGCAACUUCAGGCACAAGAAGAUCGGGAGGAAGGGAAGCAGAAACAAGAAAAAGUGGAGCAGUUGCAAGAGCAUGGAGCUGGGGUAAAUGAUCAACAUAAUAAUAUGCAGGAAAAAGAGAAGCAAAUGCAGGAGGGUGAUGAGCAGGAAGAUGAAGAACAAGGGAAGAGUGAUGAUGAUGAUGGAGAAUGGGAUAGAUAUUGGAGUAGAGAGGAAGAUUGGUACCUGAAGAUGAUAGACAAAGUGUUAAGUGGAGCGCUGUCUUCAGAUUCAGUAAGCCUCAGCCCAUCGGUGGAUUCCGUAGAAGAUAAAGAUGUUGAUCCGGCCGUUAUCAGACCUAACGAUAUCAACAUCACACUCACAGAUAAUGGACAACAUAACCCUUCUCUUGAUUCACCACAUUCUGCUACAACACCAAGCAGGGUAUGUGGAGAUGUGAAUGAUUCUAUCAAGCUUUCGACACCAGAGGUUGAGAAGUUGAGUAUCAGGAGACUGUUAUUGGGUGGCAUUCUGGAGAGCGAGCAAAAAUACAUCAAAAGCUUGGAAAUUCUGCAAAAGGUAAUGAAGACUUUCAAAGCCAGCAUCAGCACAUCUACACCUGUAAUGACGGAGGAAGAAUAUGACACCAUGUUCUUUAGGAUACCUGAACUCCUCAAUGUUCAUCGUCAGUUUGUCCAUCACAUGGAACCAAAGAUGGAACAUUGGACUCCGGAACAGAUGCAGGGAGACUCUUUUAAACUUCUGGCAAGCCAUUUUGACAUCCAUGAAGAAUACAUCGCCAACUACAAGCGUGCCAUGAGCACCUUACAACGCCUUCAAACCGAGAACGAGCUCUUCCGCAACAUUGCCCAGCAGGCACUCAAACUGGAAUCGGGAGAGAUGUAUACUCUAGAGGCUAUGCUAUAUAGCCCCCUCCAAGGGAUCACCAAGCUAACAAUGAUACUCAAUGACCUCUUGAAGCACACACCAGAGCACCAUGAGGAUCACAGUAUUCUUAGCCAAGUUCUAGAGAAGACCAGAAAGUUCUUCAAACAGGUCGAUGAUGCCACAAGAGAGAUACACAGUACAAAACAGAAGCGAGAGUUGAUUCGUCAGGGUUACCUCGUGGAAUGGACAGAGGGAGGACGUAAACUAAGGAGAAUACUUCUCUGGUCAGACCUUAUCAUUUGUGCUUCAAAAAGAAAUACCAGUGGUAUGUUCCAGCGUGACAAAGGCCAAUACGACUUCCAGUGGUACAUUCCACUCACCGAGUUGUCACUCACACCGAAUGAUCGAUGCGAAGCUGAACCACAUGUAGUUGCCAAGAGUGAUUCUGAGUUGAGACAGAUGAAGAAAGACAUCUCAGAACUACAAGAAAAGAUUAAAAGAGACAAGGCAGCAAAACAAUCAAGAGCAAUUCAGAAGAGUAUUGAUCAGAAAAGGAAACAAAUAGGAGAAUUGGAAGUUGGAUAUGUUCUUGAAUCUCCCAAGCUACCAUUUCACUUAUAUCACCAUUCAGGAAAGACCUACACUAUUUUGAUGUCAUCGGACUAUGAGAGAUCAGACUGGAAGGAAGCUAUCUUGACAACGAAGAGAGAGUGCAGAAUGACGCCUUCUAUCACUCCAUACCACAUUAGCAAUUCUGUGCUUAUACCAAAGACAAGACGGGGACGAGAUUCCUAUGUCAACAUCAGCUCAGUUUUACUGAAAGACAAUGAUGAGCUGCUUACGGGCAUGCUGUAUGUAACAGUGAAAGAAGCUAGAGGGUUAACAGUCCCCUCCCAGUUGUAUUGCUGUCUGGAGACUGAUGCAUAUGGAAUCUUCUCUCGUAUGGCAAAAACUAGGAAGACAUCAAAUACAAUCAAGCCAAAGUGGAAUGAGGAGUUUGCUCUUGACGUGGAUGGAGCGAAGACGCUGAGGAUCCUAUGCUAUGAUUUCACCAAGGGUCUGGAUGAUGAGAUGUAUGACAAGGGCGCUGUCAGUCUUGCAAAGCAGGAGAUCAGUGUUACAGGAGGCAAGGAUUUCACCAUUCUCAUGGACCAGCUCCAAGUUGAUGUGACAGUACGCUUUGAGUCAUCUGAAAAGACUCUAAAGAGAGUUCAUUCAAGGAAGAAGAUGGGAGUCUUUGGGGUACAGGUCGGAACCUUGGCACAUAGACAGGGCAAGAAUAUCCCCAACAUUAUCACACUGUGCGUGGAAGAGGUCGAUAGGAGAGGUAUCCAUGAAAUGGGAAUUUACAGGAUAUCAGGAUCAUCAGCCGACAUUCAGAAACUGAAGAAAGCCUUUGAAAUAACAUUCCAUGAUCUGUGUGAAAUUACCGAAUCCGAUCGUCGGAACAUAGCUUCCAUGUUGAAACAGAGUGAUAUCCAUGCUGUAGCUGGUCUCUUGAAAGCCUACCUCAGGGAAUUACCCGAGCCGCUCUUUACCCAUGCUCUCUACCCACAGUUUGUAGAUGGACUACAAUUGACUGAUCCUGUCGCAAAGAAGAAAUGUUUCAUGUCACUGCUGAAGAGUGUUGUUGAACCAAACAGAACAAUCAUCUUUCUUCUCUUCAAUCACCUCAGAAGAAUUGCCAAAGAAGAAGAAAAGAACAAGAUGUCCCUUCACAACCUUUCCACCGUGUUUGGUCCAACGCUUCUCGGUCCUGCUGCCACCACCAAUGCAUCGGGUAAGCCUGACAUCCUGGCCGAGAUCAUGGGGAUGUCCAGCGUCAUCUCCCAGGUUGGCAUCUUACAUUACUGCUUAGAACACUUCAGUGACACCACAGAACUCUUGGAGACUGACCUUUGAGCACGGAUUCUUCCAUAGGAUUAUAGCAUGUCUGGUUUCUAGUAUGUGAAUUUAUGCUUGGAGCACUUGCGUGCAACGCUCAUCAUGGAGAAGAACUGAUUAUUCCUUGUGAUUAUUGGAGUAUGAUGACUGAAAUCUGUAGGUCCGUAGGAACUGGGGGGUGUUUCAUGAAAGUUGUCAGCACUGACUAAAAUGUCGGUGCUGACAAUUUCAGUGAAAUCCUUGGUUUUGAUUGGCUGUGAGGUACUUGCCUCUGACUGUUACUAUGGUAACUGUCAGAGAAAGCCAACUUGUCAGCGCUGACAACAUUCAUGAAACGCUCCCCUGAUCAUUGCUUACAUGUAGGAUUUGUCUUAUAUAGGUUUUGCUUUUUUGCUCAGAGCAAAAACAAGCGAUCAAAUUGAAGGUUAUGGAAGUAGACCAAUUAUCGAUGGAUGUAGACAGAAGUGAACUGAUCAUUCUUAAGGAUUUCUCUAUUUAUUUUUUUUUGCAUUGUAUAUGUACAUUAAUGCUUGCCACAUAUACAUGUAAGUGACUCAGUCAAAAUCAUGUAUAAUAUUUACAUGUACUUGUAGGUCUUAAAAAUCUGAUCAUAUACAUGUAUGAAUAAUUAAUUGAAUUAAGCCACUUAGAUUCAUAGAGAUGUCCCUUUAAGGACUGAUGAUUCCUUGUGAUUUUGUAAAUUUGCCAUUCUACAGUACCACAUGGAGCAUGUCUGUGACUCAUUUACAUGAAUUCACUAAAACAAACUAACUUAUCCUUGUGAUCACUGAACCAUUAAAAAAAAACUUGUGCAUUGCUUUUCACAGCUUUUAGUAGUUGGCAAUUUUGUAAGGUGUAUGGUUUGUGGUUUACUGACUUAAUUCAAAACAGUAUGUACAUAAUCCCAAAAGGCUGGCAAAGGAAAUUAUUAAGAUUAUUAAAAAAAAACAUGAAGAAACGUUAGAACAGAUAAUGAAUGAGUGGAAAUAUUUGAUUAGAUUUUUGCACUUGGGUAUCCUACCCAAUUUAAUAGAAAGAAGAAAAAGGAAGCAAUAUUUCCAAUAAAUCCAAUAAUGAAUGGUGAUAUCAAAUGAUUGAUGAUGAUUGUAAAAACUUGGUGUUUGAUAGUGGACAUAUACAUAGACUGCCUUAAGCAAGUAAAUGUUGUGCAAAAUGUAUAGUGAGGAAGUGAAAUAGACAUUUUUAUCAGACUAACAACAACAAAAAAAUGUAAAAAAAAAAAUGAAGGAAUAGUAUUUCUAUAGGGAUGUUACAUUGCUGGUGUCAAUAGCAAAUAUAUUUUUGAUACAUUUGUAUUAUCUACCUUUGUACUGAGUUAUACAGAUUUUGUAGAUGAUCAUGUUUUCCCGAAUUGUAAAUUCUACUUUGGGAAAAGUCAGGAAGCAAAUUCUUCUAUUAUGUUAUGAUUCAUAAUGCGCAUCACAGUGAUUUAUGUUGUAUGAUUAUUACAUGUACAUGUAUAUCAUACCAAGUCAGUGCAUGGCAGAACACAAGGUGAUGUGUGUUUAUACUGUGGGAGCUGUUUUGUAUUUGUAGUUUUUAUUAUCGGUAUUUCCAGUUUAAAGCAAAUAUUUCUGGUUUAAGGUUUAUUUUAAUGAUAAUACAAGUACAUGCAUUAAUACAAAAACAUGCCAAUGCAGAUGGAAUAUACUAAUACAUGCAUUGCGAAUUCGAGCCAGAAUAAGAAUUUUUUCUUUCUUUCAUUGCUCACAUAUUUCUUGUUAAGUUUUAAUACAUAUAUGGGUGCUGGAUCCAUUUAUUGAUAUUUAUAAUUCUGUUAUUUUGUAUUGCUUUAUAUAGAAAGCCAGCAGGUAUGGCAUUUGUAGAUUAGAAAAUUUGAUAUUGUACAACUCAUUUUAUAGUAACCACAGCAUGUGAAAUGUACUGGUACGUGUACCCAGUAUUUGUUCCAGGAAAGAGAAAUUUUAAAUUAUUAUGGUGUAUUUUGUUACAUGUCUAACUUAAGAAUAUUGAUUUAGAAAUGUAGUUACAAUAUGUACGUGUAAAUAUUGUAGAGACUUUGAAUAGAGAAAAAAAAGAUGGGUGUACAUGUAAGUAUGUAAAUGUUUAAAGCAGAUUUUGAUACUAAACACAUACAAGUACAUGUGUGUUCACACAAAUGAGACUUGCAUGUACGGUAUACGGUCUGUCUAUUAGUAGUGAAACAGAGAGAGAGAGAGGGGGAUAUUGGUGUUUUGUCUUUGUUCUUUUUUUAGUUUGAAUCCACUGUAUUGUCCUAUUUUUUUUUUGCAUAUUACCAUAAUUAUUGCUUUAUUGCUUGUGGGGAAAUUAAUUGAAGCUGUGAAUAUUGGAGAUUCAAUAUAAGCACUUAAUCUUUAAUUGGAUUUGAUUGCCUACUGUAUCUUUAGCUAUGUCUCUUUAUAGUGGAGAGAUUUCAGUGCUGUAAAUAAUUAAUGAAAGAUGUAUUUUUCCAAACUAAUAAACAUCACAUUUCUAACUUGGUGUAUGGCCUGUAGGCCUAUUAUUGGGCAGGUAACUCACAAAGUGUAAAUGAAAAAUAAGAGAACAAGAAAGAAUGAUUUGAUAUUAUAUCCAUAUUGUAAAUAGCAAAUUUGGGAUAUGUUUCUUAAUACCCCUCAGUAUUUAUUCUCAUUAAAAUUCUUGGAAUAUUAUAUUUAAUUUAAAGAAUAAAAGAUAAAUUACCUUUAAGCCAUCCUUAUGAUGAAUGUAUCAUCGUAAAUUGGAAACUUCUAUAUACUUGUAUACUUUACUUCUUUUUAUUUAGCAUACAUGUAGGCAUGUACCAGGGUUUGAAAUAUAACACAUGAUGCAUUGUCAGAAAGGGAGCAAUUAACAUGGAUAGAACUACAUUAUAUAUCAUUUUCAUUAUUUUGCUACUAUGAUAUGUAUCAAUGAAGUUGUCAAUAACAAUAGCAAGUUAAUAUUGUAAGCUAUAUCAAAGACAGUACAAGGAGAAGACUUGGACAAACAUUAGAGCAUGUAAUAAAAUGCUUUGAAAGUGCCCGAUUUUGUUUGUCAGCUAUACAUUUGCAUAUUGUCAUUUGGAGUCGUAUAUAAAACAUGGGGGAAAAUUGGAAAGGGGUGGGGAGUAGGCAAUUUUGACACUUGAACAUAUGUUUCAAAAGUGGAACAAUAUUAAGGACGAUAUACCUGAGAGAUAUCUAGGAAAGGAGAGGUGUACCAGGCCUGCUCCUCUAUCAUUUCCUGUACUGUAUAUGUUUUAUAAACCACCCCAUGCCAAUAAGUUUACCUCCACAACAUUGUUUGGCACCCAUCGUCAUGCAAUUGAGCAUUUGAAAACAGCCCUCAAGUGUCCCGUCUUCCCUUUAUAGUGUCUUUGUACUUUACAUGUACAAUGUACCUCUUUUGACCACCAAAUGAUUAUGCAGGCCAUGAUAUCUGUAUUUUGCUUUCAAAGUUAUUAUUGUGUAGAUUUCACAAUACAUAUUUUGCAAUGUCAAAGCUUGAGCUUUGUAUUUUAACUUCAUCACCUAUAUAUUCCGAAACAUACUGGUGAUUUUUAUUACAGUUAUACAAUUAUGUGAAGCUUGGUUUGCGGUAGUAUUACUUAUUUUAGAAAAAAAAUGACUGCUGUUAUGCAGGGAAUGUCAGGGAAUGUAUCCUGUAAUGCAUAUGAAGAACAGGUAGUGUAUUUACAUAAAUUUUGAUGAUUUUUCAUUCUUUACAUCAAUAAACUGAUGCGAUAGUAAUUUUUUUUUGUUCAUUUAGUGUACAUCCUAUUUCCUAACACUGUAAAAUCACAUAACCAUUUCCUUGUGAAUUCCAUAGGAAAGCAAGUGUAUGAUUUGAACCUUGGCUUAAAAUGUAUGCCACAGUAAUUUUUAUGUCAAUAUUUGUUUACCUGUAAUUAUCUUGUAAGAAACAUGAUUUUAAACAUUUCUGCUAAUAAUGUUGAAAGUGCCUAAGCAGUGCAUAAUAUCCAACUAAAUACUUCCAUUUUUAUCCUUUUUUAAAACUUCUUUCUUCCUGACCAUGACAUUUUUUAAAUUAUUAUUAGGUGCUUGAUUUGCAACCAUUUUUGUUGUGAACAAGAAUAAGAGAUUUUGUAAUUUCUGUGUGAUACAUUUUGAAAUGUUAUCUUUUAAUAACAUUAGCCUCUAUAUACUGUACUUAUCUCAAACACAUUUUAUGCUAAAUCUGUUCUUACAUGUAGAAAUUAAGCAUACCUUAGCUUUGUUGAGAAAUUUUCUCAUUUCCCAACAGAAAAUUGGAAAAUCAAUAUGACUACAAGUUGGAUGCAGAUAUCAAAAUGUGUGAACAACUCUUGUAUGGGAGUAAAUAAAUCUCGGAUGUGUAAUUUCUUUAAUCACAUUUUGAGUGGUCAAUGGUACAAAUGAUUUUCUGAUGGAAAUUACAUGGUUAGAGUUGAAGGUUAUACCUGAAGGUCAUACCUGAAUAUGUGAUAGGCUUAAAGGAUGUUUAGCAGUCAAUGGGAGGAUUAGAGUAAGCUGUGUUUUAUUAAUUUCAUUGCAGAGUUUGUAACUUAUUGAGUUUUUAAGUAUAUUUAAUGUGAAGUCAUAUUGGUCUUGUUUUUGUUUUAUGUAAUAGGUUACAUGUUUCUGUAUAUGAUAUAUAUACUCAGAAAGGCAGAAAGGAGAAUGUUUAUAUGGACAAUAAAGUCACUACACAUUUGUAUUGAACUGCA